CUCUUUCUUUGUCAGUGGUUUCUCCCCAAAAAGCUCGUGGACAAGACACGCUUGUUUUUUGAUUAAAAAAAUUUGAAGUCUCUUUUCCAAUUAAUUUGUAAACUCUUAACAAUUUUACCUUAUCCAACAUGGACAGUCUGUGUCAGCAAUUUACUUACACACUGAGCAUGUUCAACUGUAUGAAGGACUAUAUCAGAGUUCGACCUGACCUUCACGGAACCUUUAUCAUGGCCGUGCAACAGCAACUGUACGAGACUAAUAUAACCGACGACGAAGUCUCGGCUUUCGGUUAUUUUGCCCUGGAUCCAGAAGCUUUCAUUGAUUAUGCCUUUAACAAGAUCACUAACCAUGGGCAAGAACUGAAUUCAACUGAUUGGGUGCCGAUGAUGGUAUCCCUUGUGCAUGGCGUGGUUAUUAAGAACGUCUUUAGACUUCAUGGGUUGAUCCCAAACUUAAAUGUGAUGAGCCCAGCAGGGAUUGAAGCUAUCGACGGGAGGCUUGUCCAUUUCCGAGGCAUGGUCCAACGUCAGCAUGACCCUAAGGUGUACAGACCAUAUAUCCGGAUUCGAAACACUGCUACUGGAGCUGUCGUGGAGAAAUGCAGCGUAUUUUCCGACAAAGUCGAGCUGAAACCUGGCCAAGAGUUGGUGGAAGAGAACGACUGCUCCGGAUUGAAGCAGGUUGAGUUCAUAACCUUCGUAUCAGUUCCAGGGGAAAGCGAGUGGAAAUUACAGCGGGAUAUGGACGUUAAUAGGGCAUAUAAGAACAUUAUGUUUGCCACACCACCGUCGUCCGGCCUAUCUGUUCCACUUGUUUGCUUAGAAGGCCAGUUGGAGGACCGACUGAAUCCAAUAUCAGUCUUAGCUAAAAUGCAUCGCCGGUUAAAUCAUAAGGAUGAGAUUAGGAUGAACGACAUCGUGAACCUUGUCGGACUAGUAACAGUUGACAAGAGUGGUACAAAUGACGAUGGAAUGAAUGGUUCUGCGCCAAAUGAGGCCAAUAACCAAGCACAACUGUCCCUGUCCGUCUUGGGAUAUUGGAAAGCAGAGCCAGAAGAUUUAGACGACACUUUGCUGGAAACGGCUUUCACUGACUUUAAAAUAUUCAUCACACAAUGUUUACGUGGGGAUGAGUUGUGCGCUCAUUACGUCUUAAUGAAUAUAUUGUCUUCUGUGCGUUGUCGGACAGACGGAAUUCCAGUUGGUCAUUUUCCACUCUGCAUCACUGGAAUCCCUGAAGAAGUGUCACGUGAUUUACAUCGCGUUGUAAAAGCCUUCGUUCCUUCGUCAGUGUAUUUGACAAAUUUUUUGGAAUCAGUAACCAAUGAAAACUAUGUCCCGUGGAUGGAUUACGAGGCCGAUAAGCUCGUUACGGGAGCAUUGCAGAUUGGAAAUGGGACCCACUUGUUCGUUGAAGAGGCUGAUAUAAGUGAAGAGAAGCUUCGAAAUUUACAAAAGAAUACUCAAGCCAAGAAGAAUUUAGCCGGAUUAGAGAGUCUGAUUGGAAGCCAGACCAUGGCGUAUGAUUUUAUCUAUCAGCGAAUGGAUAUAUUUCAUGAUGCUCCUGUACUCAUCUUGUCUUCUGCGAAGAAGACCAUGUUUUCCAAUGUGUUACAAGUGCCUUUCAGACCUGCUCAAUUACCUGAGGGGUAUGAGAACUUUACCCGUCCAACAAUUACGAUUGAGUUACUUCAAUUGGAAGAUGUCGACCUUAUCCGACGCGCAAUUGUUAAACUCAAAGCGAGGAAACAAAUUGAGAUUAGAGAAGACGUGGAAGAAGAGAUUGGAAAAGAUUUUGCCAACAUGCGAAGCAAUGGAAUCAAGAUAGAUUCGGAAGGACUUUCCGCCUUGGUAACUCAAGCUAGAAUCUUAACAUUCAUUGCGGGAAGAGUCAACCUAACGGUACAAAUUUGGAAGGAAGUGCUCAAAUUUGAUGCCGAAAUGCGACAGCGAAUCCAAGAAGGAGCGAACAACUAACUGAAAUGGUUGUUCAAAACAGCGUCUUCCAAACUCAAGACCUAAAUACCCUUAUUUUAAUACAAAUGUAAAAUUAAUGUCUUUUGACUCAGCUUAGAAUAAGUUUUAUAAUUGCUUCUAUUGAGCAUAAAUACAGGUGCAGCUAAACCUUUGAAUAAUAUAAUGAAUAAAGACACGAGGAGAAAGCGUA